UGAAAAGUAGGGUGGAAUGGGGCUCGGCAUCAGAAAAGUCCCGAAAAUAUCUUAUUUCCAGUCGCAAAAUAAGUCAGGACCGCGAUUUUAAUAGUGAGCAGUUAGUAGUCUACCGCCGUUCGAUUAUUUUCGCACCAGAUCGUUGCUACACGUGAUUAUUUCAGCUGGAACGGUUCACGCGUUUAUCGUGUGUCCAAUCUACAUCUCACAUAAUUCCCAGUUGUGGUAAUCUUGUCCGUUCCGGUUGGUUUCAUCGUUCAUUGUAUCUCUCGGGCUAUCUCGCUUCUUCCGAACAUUUACGAAUUAUCAGUGCACAUUUAGUUUGAUAUAUUUGUGAAAGUGGAUAUUGAUUUUGAAUAACUACAUUUAAAUAACAAUAGUUACACACUUUAAAAAUAUCAAGUGCAAAGAUACCCACUCUUUUUAAUUCGCAUCGAUUAAAAAAUAUGGCCAAACCCUGACUUCGAAAGUUUCAUUUUUUCAAAAAAGGGUGGCGUAUAAUCAAUAAGUCAAUGAAAGUUGACGUCCCUUCCAAACAGUAUUAGCAGUCUAUAAAAGCGCCUUCUAAGAUUACUUCUAGAAAUCAAUACACUUGAGGAUAUUUUUCUGUAUAGCAAUUUAAUAUCAAGCUGGGUAGUUUGAGAUUGUGUGCUCCAUUCAAAUGAUGAUGAGUAUUAGUUGUUAUAAGAUAUAUAAAAAAUCUGAUAAUAAUUGCAUUGUGAAUAAUAUUGUGAAUUGAUCAACGCCUAGUGUAGAAUCUUACGUAGUUUUCAAUAGAAAAAUUGUUGGAUGAUGAUGAAUUUGUACUGUUUUAUACUGCGUUAAAGAAGUUUGUGAAUGAGAUAUUUAUAGAUAAGUGUUCAUUGUUAACAAAGUCUUCCAUGAAUAUAUGUGUCUUCAGAGUGUGAUUCAAGAAAUCAUUUUAUUAAACCGCAUUUAGAAAAUAGUUUAUUUUUGAAAGACUCAAAUCUCGAUAAGCUUUGGCGUAAGAGACUAUUUAUUAACCGAGUGUAAUGUGAUAUGAUAGACCUCAAAAUCAGCAAAGUCUUCCAGUAAUAAUAUUUAGAAUUAUAUAAGUAGAGUGAAUUUUUACUAUAUACUUUUAUUGAUAGAUAAGUUUGCGUGAGUGUUCCAACAGUGGAAAGAUCAUAGAAAGUAUAUUGUAGACUGAAUGAGAUUAGUCAUUUUUUGAAUACGCCUACAAGUAAAAUCACACCUGUCUUCCGAUUUUGGGUGAUAUUUCUGAUAAGGUUUAUUUAUAUUAUAGAGGUACUGUACUAGAAGUGUUGUACAUCUAUCGAUCGAUUUGAGCAGAUUGAUUGGUAAUCAUAAAAACAAAGUCUUCCACAAGUUUAUUGAAUUUGAAACCAUUCAAUUACAGUUGAUAGCGGUAGAAACGAUAAGAAUAUUUAAGAAAUUUAUAGAUAGUGGAUCAAUAAAUCUCUGGUUGAGUCUUAGAUUGGAGUAGAAGUUUUGAAAAUUGAAUUUGGAGAAUGAUGAUGUUACACGAAGAUAGUAAUUGAAAUUGUAGGAGAUUUUAGUUCGAAGAGAUAGUUGAAGGAUUUUGUAGACCAGAUUUGUACGAGAGUUAGAAGCAAUGGCUCAAUUUGGAAGAUUCUACAUUCCACCGUGGCAAGCAGCCCUGAAUGUGGCCUGGGAAACCAUCAAGUCAGCCGUGCCGGAAAACUCUCCCUGCGUCGAGAUGAUCCGCAAAAUGGCUUCAAGGAAUAGAGGGGAAGGAGAGGUGGGUGCCGGGGGAGGGGAAGGCGCUCCUCCGGAUGAGAACUCGCGCUUCGCGCAAUGGAACAACCAUCAGGGUCAGAAGAGUCGGUCAGGGGAAGGCGAAGGUGAAGGCCAGGAUACCGGUAGCUAUCAGAUGUCACGUGGAGGAACAUUUAGCAUGGGAGAAAGCACCGAUGACUUUGGAGGAGAGUUUGGCGGGGAGGGCAAGUCACGCCAUAAGAUCAAUGAAUGGCAAGCUGCUUGGAAUGUUACUAAUGCUAUUCAGGGAAUGUUCAUAGUAUCGCUACCGUUCGCGGUGCUACGCGGAGGCUACUGGGCGAUUUUUGCAAUGAUCGGCAUCGCCUACAUCUGCUGCUACACUGGAAAGAUCUUGGUCGAAUGUCUUUACGAGUUGGACACUAGUACAGGGCAGAGGAUCCGCGUGAGAGACUCCUACGUCGGCAUAGCGAGGGAAUGCUUCGGUCCCGUGUGGGGCGCGCGAGCGGUCAACUGCGCCCAGAUGAUUGAGCUGCUGAUGACUUGCAUCCUGUACGUGGUGGUGUGUGGUGACCUCAUGGGAGGCACCUUUCCUGACGGCUCCAUCGAUACUAGAAGCUGGAUGAUGCUCACUGGUAUACUGCUCAUACCACUUGGCUUCCUCAAAUCGCUCCACCAUGUCUCUUUGCUCAGCUUCUGGUGUACUAUGGCUCAUCUCGUCAUCAAUGCUGUCAUCCUUGGUUACUGCCUACUAGAAAUUGGAGAUUGGGGAUGGUCAAAAGUGAAGUGGACCUUGGAUCUUGAGAACUUCCCCAUAUCACUUGGAGUCAUUGUGUUUUCUUACACCUCCCAGAUUUUCCUGCCUUCACUGGAAGGAAAUCUGAUUGACAGGUCAAAGUUCAGUUGGAUGCUGGAUUGGAGUCAUAUAGCGGCUGCAAUUUUCAAAUCUCUGUUUGGCUAUGUGUGCUUUCUCACCUUCCAAAAUGACACCCAACAAGUUAUUACUAACAAUCUGCCAUCAGCUGGUCUUCGUGGUCUAGUCAACUUCUUCCUUGUGAUCAAAGCCAUUUUGUCCUAUCCACUGCCCUACUAUGCCGCAUGUGAACUGCUCGAGAAAUCCUUCUUCAGGGGCAAACCAGAGACUCCCUUCCCAUCGAUAUGGCAUCUGGAUGGAGAACUCAAGGUUUGGGGUCUCGCCUUCAGAAUUGGCAUAGUAUUUUUCACAAUCAUGAUGGCCAUAUUCAUCCCGCACUUCGCAAUCCUGAUGGGAUUUAUCGGCAGUUUCACCGGCACCAUGCUCUCUUUCAUUUGGCCCUGCUAUUUCCAUCUGAAACUGAAGGGCGAUUCUCUGGACUUCGGCACAGUUGCCUACGACUGCUUCGUCAUCUUCCUCGGAGUUGUUUUUGGAGUGAUCGGCGUCUAUGAUUCGGGAAGUGCCCUUAUCAAGGCAUUCGAAAUCGGUCUUCCAUUUUAAAUUACGAACGCAAGUAGUGCAAAGUGAUGGUUCUGCCUCUAACCCACUUCCCCAACAUUCAAAAUUGUGUGCAAUCUUUGAAAUUAAAUUGUGCAAAGUGAUGGUUCCAACCGAUUUCCCCAACAUUUAAAAUUGUGUGCAAUCUUUGAAAUUGAAUGAGAUUUGCCAUGGAAGAGAAACAAUUUUCACAAAUAUUCUUCAAAAUCCAACAUCACCAACAUCACCCAUUCUUCAGAAAUAGCUUAGCCUAUUUCCAAAGAAUCGUAGAAAGUGAAAAUAUGACCGAACCCUCACCUUGCACUACUAUUAAUCGACAUUAAUUUAAAUAGCAAUUAAUCACUGAAUCUUCUAAACGUAAGGUACAUUCUACAAAUGUCAGUCGAUGUCGCCCGGUUUCUAGGACAGUUAUCAAAUCUAAUUCACCAUUAAAUCUAUAUCUUUAAUGAUCCAUUACAUUUAAUAGGUGUUCUAUAAAUCGGGCCUUAGACGUUUUAUUGGAACUUGAAAUCGAAACUGAAAUAUAUUUAUCAGUGAUUUUCAAUGUUUCCACUCCAUGAUUGAUAAACCUUCAAGCACUAUUUAUUUCGUUCAUCAAUACUUUUCAUAUGUGAGUACAUGGGGAAUUGAAAAAUGAUCCACUAAUCAAUUAAAAACAUCAAAUUUAAGAAGAACUCAUGAUAGUUGAUUAUGUGGAGAGAAAAAAUAACAAUAUUAUCUUUUUCCAACUGAUCUUAAUAUAUUUGUAUUUCUUUUUGUUAUAUAUAUAUUUUUAUUUUUUUCCAACUGAUCUUUAUAUAUUUGUAUUUCUUUAUGUUGUAUAUAUUUGUAUAUUUUUCCCAACUGAUCAUUAUAUAUUUGUAUUUCUUUUUGUUUAUAUAUUCUCAUCUUUUUUCCAACUGAUCUUUAUAUAUUUGUAUUUCUUUAUGUUGUAUAUAUUUGUAUAUUUUUCCCAACUGAUCAUUAUAUAUUUGUAUUUCUUUUUGUUUUAUAUAUUCUCAUCUUUUUUCCAACUGAUCUUCAUAUAUUUGUAUUUCUUUAUGUUAUAUAUAUUUCUAUCUUUAUGUUUUUGUAUUUUAUUAGAAGCUUAUUUUUUAUUGUGAUUUUUUUGUAUUUUGAUUCAUUUUAUGUAUUUUGUGUUGAAUAAAAUUAUUGAUUGAUUGAUUUCAGUUUUUUCCGUUUUUGGGUAUAAAGACUUCAAAUAUUUAUUAGAGACUCAAUAAUUGCAAAGAAAAGCUUUUCCUCAGGUCCAGGAGAAAAUAUAACACUGUCUUGCCUGUUAAGCUUUUCUUUAUCACUAGUUUUCAUUAAAAACUUCUGAUUUAGCCUAUUCAAUAAUUUUCAUAAACAAUGAUGAAUGACCUCAAGUAGUGAGUGAGUUAUCUAUUAAAAAAAAUUAAACCGGUUUAAAGUUUAGACUGUUCUUGUAAGAUGUACUUUACAAUGGUGAUGUGAUUGAAAACAAUGACCUCACGAUUUGUAUUUUGCUUAAAAUGUGAAACAGUCACUCUAGUAUAACCGCUUGUCUUCUAACUUUUGAGAAACAAGCUGAUCCAUCAACAAGGGAAAAUAGUAAUAAUAAUUAUAAUAUUAUACAAUUAAAGAGUUCGAGUAUGAAUUGCAAUAAUUAGGCUUUCGAAGGCACUGCUAAAUCGUUAAGGUAAGUAUUUAAUGAGAUGAUAAGACAAUGUCUGAAAUAACAAUGGUCAAUUGUUGCUAGAAGCAUUCUAAUCAAUGGUUACAUAGGCAAAGAGUAGUGAUUCUAGUUAGAGAUUAAAUUAAUAGUUGUUAGCAAUAGGUCGGAACGAUUGAGUUUCACUAAAAGAUCAUGGAUAUCUAUAUCAAUGAGAAAUUUUCAAUUAAAAUAUAAAAAUCUCUUUAAUAUUUACGUAAGAGUUGAUUGGUGUUUAAUGAUUUAAGAGUACUAUCAAUAAUUAGCUUGUACGUAUGAAAAGGGCUGAAGGAGGAACGGUUAAUAUAUGCAAUAAAAAGUUACUGUAUGAUCAGGAUAGUGAAAAGAAUAAUUAAUAUUUAUAUUUACUGUGAGAUCAAUUGGUAAUCAAAACAAUGAAUAUAGGGCCUAUUUCUAAUGAAUCUACCUGUUUUUAUGUAUAAUAGUGUUGUUAAAUUUGUAAUUGAUUGUAUUCUAAGUAAUAAUACAUUCUGUGGAUCUCAAAUUGCUGCAAUCAGCAAUCUAUAGCCUAUAGAUUUACAAGAAUUUAUUUUUAGGGUAGUAACUUAUCACCAGCAAUACAGUGCUAUAUAAUUAUAAUCACCUAAUUUCAAUUUUAUUCCUACCUAUGCUGACUUGAAUGUCAGUUUUUCUUUUUGUAUUGAUGUGUUAGCGACAGUUCUUUUUCUUACACUUUUUUCAUUCAAUAAAAAGUGUAGUAUUUUUGAUUGAAAUGAUUGUGAUUCAUAAAUAAGUAUUGCAUGUUGCACUUUCAGCUAGAAAAGCUAGACAUUUAGUUAAUUAGCAAAAUCAUUUGAUACUUGGGUUUUUAUCUGGAGCCUUACAUUUACAGAUGUUGCACUUUCAGCUAUAAAAGAUAGAUGUUUAGUUAAUCAGCAAAAUCAUUUGAUACUUGGGUUUUUAUCUGGAGCCUUACAUUUACAGAUGUUGCACUUUCAGCUAUAAAAGAUAGAUGUUUAGUUAAUCAGCAAAAUCAUUUGAUACUUGGGUUUUUAUCUGGAGCCUUACAUUUACAGAUGUUGCACUUUCAGCUAUAAAAGCUAGAUGUUUAGUUAAUCAGCAAAAUCAUUUGAUACUUGGGUUUUUAUCUGGAGCCUUACAUUACAGAUGUUGCACUUUCAGCUAUAAAAGCUAGAUGUUUAGUUAAUCAGCAAAAUCAUUUGAUACUUGGGUUUUUAUCUGGAGCCUUACAUUUACAGAUGUUGCACUUUCAGCUAUAAAAGCUAGAUGUUUAGUUAAUCAGCAAAAUCAUUUGAUACUUGGGUUUUUAUCUGGAGCCUUACAUUUACAGAUGUUGCACUUUCAGCUAUAAAAGCUAGAUGUUUAGUUAAUCAGCAAAAUCAUUUGAUACUUGGGUUUUUAUCUGGAGCCUUACACACAUUUACAGAUAGAUAUAUUUAUAUAAUAUUACGAUGGAAUAUUUAUAUUUUUGAUGAGAUUCCUGAAUUGUGUGGUGUUUUUUAGCCUAUGCAUUUCAGAUUUCCCGACUCAAAGCGUGACAAUAGUAACAAUGCAAUAAACCAUAAUAAUUUUAUUCAUACAUGCUUUAUUUUACAGCUGAAGGUAUUUUGUAUGACUCAAAAUAAUUAUAUAUGUUGAAACCACAGUCAACAAUAUUGGUGAUACAAAUUUACAAACUUAGUAAGGUCAAUAGGAAUAAUUUUAAAAUAUUCAAGUAUUCAAGUUGAUAGAGCUACUAUAUAAUAUUGAAAUAGAUUUAGAAACAGAAAGACGCGUUGGAAGGCAACGUUUUGCGUUAUUGUAGUUUUUAGGUGUUUUCACAUGAACUAUUGUUAUUUAUAUUUUUGUUGAAUGAAAUAAUAUAGCCUAUACGUUCUAGAAACACUAGUUAUAAAUUUUCCGAGAAAUAUCAAGACAAUAAACACUUAUAUACAGUAUUUCAUAUUCUCUAUUCCAGUACAAUUCUGUUGUAGGAGUGAUUCAAUAUUCAAAGCAGUCUAAAACCGAUCACUUUCAAAUGGUUUUCGAACCCCUGUGAUCUGGUUUAUCAAUUUAUUUAAAAUCAUAAACACAUGCAAUAGAAGAAUAAUAUUCAAAUUAGUGCAGUUAUUAAGCUACGGUAAUAGUAACAUUAUUUUUGUGGAGUUUAUGUCUACAGAAGUAAUAAAGGAAUUGUGUAUUUGUAAUAAGAUUGAAUAUUAUGAAUGAAUGUUCACACAUUUAGGUGAAUUAAUAACAUAAUACGGUAAGUUUAGUUGAACACUGCUUGUUCCAAAAGUGGAGAGUGGUUCAAUUUUGUAGAUUGGUAAUUAUUGUUUUGUUUGUGUGUUGUUGUUGGUAUUGUUGUUAACUCUUUGCAUUUAAACAAAGUAUUCGAAGUAUUCGAAAUAUUAUAUAUUCACUCGAAUAUAUAAGUUCUUUUAGCAAGAGUGAAUAAGACUAUAAUAUGUGUGAAUCUCUAUUGUGAUGUCUGUUUAAACCGGUAAUACAUCUACUAGUUGAAUCUGACUAGUUGGUUCAGACUUGAAAAGUAAAUUUGGAUAAGUAAACUAUAAAGUCUUGUAGUUGUUUUCUACUGAUUAACUUUGAGAAAUAAAAGAGAGAAAAAUAAUUUUUCGUAUCGGCCACAUAUUUUUGGAGAAAGCCAGUUACCACUCGUAUAUAUUUAUAUUUAAUUGAUUUUUGAUGACAGUCUCAUGUAGGCUACCUAUAUAUUCAUUUCAUAUCGAAUUAAUUGAUCUUCAAAGACACUUUUAUGUUUUUAUUAUAAUUUCUGUGAAAAAGUAUUCAUGUUGAAAAUUAACUACUGAAGUAAUCAUUUCCUUAUCUAAAGUAAAUAAAUUUGAUUAUCUUGCUUCGGUUCUAGAACCUCUGCAGGCUUGUGCAUUUCAAAACACUUUGAUGAUUUUUAGUUUUAAAUUGGAAAUGUACCAAUUCAAAAUGAAUGCCUUAGGUAAAUAGAACAUUCAUGUGAUAAAUAGGUUGAUGUAUUACCGGACUCUACAAUUCUCUGUUCUGCUAGUCAUGAUAAAUGUUAUAUUUAUUCCAAAAAUAAAUGUUUAUGAAAUGUUAACCAUUAUUCGUUCCAUUCAUGAUAGUUGAAAGUAAUAGCGUCUUCCAUGAUUUGCUUCCAUAGUUAUGUAUAUAAUAACAGAUUACUCUGAUAAUUAUUAUAGAUGUUGAAUAAGAAUAUUAUGUAUAAGGAACAGCAAUUAACUUAUUGAAAGCCUGUCUUCCAAAAUGCCUGUUGAAAUUUACAUGAAUAUUUAUUAAAUGGAAAUUAGAUGAUAGAUUAGAUGCUUAUGAAAUAACCAGAUCUUCUGUAAUUUGUGUAACUUAGAUCUACAGAUUGUGAUUUCGAUGUUAAUUAAUACAAGUCUUCCAUAUUAAAGAACGGAAUAAUAUUUUUCUGUUCUCUUUCAGAUCAAAGUCUUCCAACUUUUGUAUUGAUUUACAGUAGGCCUACUGCGUACAUUACUAUACUGUUCUUAACUGUAAGCUAAUAAGGAAUACUCGAAUAAGCAUAAUUUUAUAACUGUUUACAGGAAAAACUUAAUUACUUUUUGGAGAGAAUUACGAUAAUUUGGUGUUUCAGAUUUGGGCUGGUGCUAUAACCUUGUACAAUAAAUUUGGUGUCAUUUGAAUAAAAUUAUAAAAAGAGUUAAAUAUAUACUAAUUCAAAUUAUUUUUUCUCUAUUCGGUGACCUAAUCUUCAAUAGCCAAUUCAACAACCUGAUUCUGUUUUCAAUACCGUAUUAUUCGCAUUGAAAACAACGGUUUCUUAUACAUUAAAGGUUUAGUAGAAAAUUAUGGAAAUUGUUAACUGACUUGAGACAAUUAUGGACAUUUAUCUCUGAAGCGACUUCACAGUUAAACAUUGACUUAUUCUUGUUUUUUGAUAAUUUUAUUUCAUAUUUACUAUUUUAAAACUAAUUUGUAAUAAUAAUAAAUAGUAAUGAAAAAAAUGACACCGCCAGACAAGUUCAAAUUUGUAAUGUAUGAAUUUUUUGGAAAAUUUUAAUUUCAAAUUCAACAGCGGUACACUUUGCAUCAGUCACAACACACCGUAUUAUUUUGAGUUAAUAUUGUAGGCUACUCUUUAAUAUAAUAUUUGUAUUGAAUUUACUCUCAUAGAAAUUACUAUUUCUAUAGGCAGUAAAAUUACUGUGUGUGUCCAAUGAAAUGUUUAGUAAUGUGUGUCGUAAAACUGUAUAAAUGGUGUAAAAUUCACAUUCAGUUUUAUUUUUAUAUGUUUUCUGAAUGUUUUAUAUAUUCUCUUGCAAUAUCGAUCCAUACUGUAUUCUUGAAUGUCUAAUAGAAACUAUUAAUGACUGGGCUUUCUCAUGAAGAAAUACUAGGUAACAUGUUUAUUCUGAAAAUGGAAACUAUAAUGUAUACUCCUCAGAACAUGGGUUAGCCUUUCUCUGGUGAGUUUGUUUUCUUUGUAUUUUAUCGGUAUGUAUUAAAAUAAUUAAUAUUGUAUAAUAUGUAUUGAAAUAAUUUAUAUUGUAUAAUAUGUAUUGAAAUAAAUAUAUUGAAGUUGGA